AUGUCGCGUUAUUUGGAAGAUGGUGGCGAUGGCUAUUACAAUGAAGACAACAUCAGCUAUGCCUGCACGAGUUGGGCACCUGGUGUAGGAUUCGCUGGAAUCGUAUGUGCGGUCGUUUUUGCCAAUAUUGGAGGUGCCUAUGGAACUGCACGAGCCGGUCAAGGUAUCAUGGCCAUGGGUAUUAGAUCACCGGAGCUUUUGAUGAAAAAUAUCAUUCCCGUGGUUAUGGCGGGUGUAUUGGGCAUUUAUGGACUUAUUGUCGCUGUCAUUUUGAAUGGAAAAUUCUCCACUCCAGAGAUUGGAACGGGAUACGUGACAUAUAGUCAAUACUCCGCAUUUUGCCACUUGGCGUCUGGUUUAUGCUGCGGGUUUACAUCACUGGCGUCUGGAAUCGCUAUCGGUAUUUCUGCAGAUGCUGGUACCAGAGCUGUUGGAGCACAAUCUGCGAUGGCUGCUUCGUGGAAAAAAAUGGGUUUCACAGGGGAUGCCGGUGGCCAAGCUGAAGGAGGCGGCGACAGUCUUUUCGUUGCAACUAUUCUAAUUCAGGUCUUCGCAUCCAACCUUGGUCUUUAUGGGCUUAUUGUUGCCCUUAUCAUGUCGCAAACAGACUACAAGUGUGACCCCAGUGCUAACUACUGA